AUGUUGAGGAUCGUGAGUAUGGCAGUGGCUCUGGCCAUGUGUGUGGCACGACCCAACCAAUGGGUCGACCAGCUAGGGCUAUUCCCUGCUGAAGGCGGGGACUCUCAGCCCAUCUUGCCUCGCGCCGUCGCCAACCCUACCACGCCCAACCAGAUACUCGACGCAGUGCUCGAAGGAGCUAUCGCAUACAUGGAAACACUAGGAUGGUGUGAUUCCAAGAACGUGCAGAACGGAGAGUCAAACCUGCCCUUCCAAGUUAACUCUGACGGAAGCAGCUCCGAGAACUUCAGCAUCACUAAGGCCAACGUGACUGGACUCUGCUCCCUGCGCCGCUCCAAGUCCGCUUCCUUCAACGCUGAUCAGAGUGUGCUCACCGGUUCGGUUGUCGUAGAAAACGCUCGUGCCAACGCGACUACACGGUACUUUGAUGGUGUUGGAGAAGCUCCAGCACAGACUGUUUCUGGUCAAGUUGUAGGAACGUGUGGACAAGCUGUCGCCGACAUCCAGAUCAACUGUUAA